AUGAGCAAAGGAAUUCCAGCUCUACAGCUCCAUAUGAACCUUAAUUUUCAGAAUUUGGGAAUGGGAAAAGGGAUCCAUGAAAAAGGGGUGGUAGUGUUGAGGGAGUCCGGGGAAUGUGUGGCAGCGAGGCGAGCUGCGACAUCACUUCCGACGAGUACCUGCGGUUGCUUCACUUCGAGGGUUGACGACGUCCAUCUGAUAGCCCUGCGAUUACCUUCUUCCUCGACAUCCAAUUGUAACUCGGUUUGCCCUAAUUCGACGAGAGGCGAGAGGCGACAUCACUCCCGACGAGUACCCGCGCUGAGUUGA